AGAGAGAGAGAGAGAGAGAGAGAUUCUUUACUUGAGUUGGACUGUUAACUGUUAAGCGCUUUGGGGCUGUCUUUGCGUCUUUGGUAAGUAGAGCGAUUGACUAUUCUGCGUUUUUGGUAACUAUACGCAUGCACAUGGACUCCAAAUCUUCAAAGCUAUAUCCAAGUUUGGAGUUCAGGUGCUUAUCAUCUAGAACUAAUGUUGGCUUCUAUCGAUUUUCCUAGUCUUAGAUGCGUGAUAUCCUCUUCAUGAUGAGAGAUAUUCUCUUGCAUUUGAAUGUAGCCAGGAUCACGAUGCUGCGUAAUCUUCUCCAGUAGUACUGUCAGGCCUGUGCGAAAGAGAACCGGUCUAUUAUUUGCAGGCUUUAUUACAUUUCCGGAGCACCUCCUGAUUUCUAGGCUGGCCUGAGCGUAUUGUCAUGAAAAGAACACAACUUUUCUUUAUUUUUUGUGUGUGGCUGCCAAUGAGUGUCAUGGGUAGGUCUGGGAAUGCCAGUAGUGUUUCUUCUUCGAAACCAAGUGCCGUGAAAAUUGGAGCUCUGUUUACUAUGAAUUCGGUUAUUGGAAGGUCGGCCAAACCAGCAAUUUUGGCUGCAAUCGAUGAUGUCAAUUCUGAUUCGAGCGUCCUUCCUGAAAUAAAACUGAGCGUCAUAUUACAGGAUACGAAUUGCAGCGGAUUUCUUGGAACUAUGGAAGCUUUGCAGCUCAUGGAAGAGGAUGUUGUUGCUGCAAUCGGACCACAGUCCUCUGGUAUAGCUCAUGUCAUAUCCCACGUCGUUGAUGAACUCCAUGUGCCACUUCUAUCUUUUGCAGCAACAGACCCCACUCUAGCUGCACUUCAAUACCCAUAUUUUGUCCGUACUACGCAGAGUGAUUAUUUCCAAAUGUAUGCAAUUGCUGAUUUGGUUGAAUAUUAUGGAUGGAGGGAGGUUGUUGCUAUCUUCGUAGAUGAUGAUUAUGGCAGAGGUGGAAUUUCUGUAUUGGGUGAUGCCCUGGCAAAGAAACGUGCCAAGAUCUCUUACAAAGCUGCCUUUACUCCUCAUGCCCCCGAAAGUGCAAUUAAUGACUUGCUUGUUGGAGUAAAUCUCAUGGAGUCUCGGGUGUAUGUCGUGCACGUAAAUCCUGACUCUGGUUUGACAGUUUUCUCAGUUGCUAAAUCUCUUGGGAUGAUGAGUGGUGGCUAUGUUUGGAUUGCAACAGAUUGGCUUCCUUCCCUCCUAGAUUCAUCAGCAACAGCUGAUCCUGACACAAUGAAUCUCCUACAAGGGGUCAUUGCUCUUCGUCAUCACACCCCAGAUAGUGAUCUCAAAAAACGUUUAAUGUCUGGGUUGAACAACCUAAAAAAUAAAGAUAUUGCAAACUUCAAUUCUUAUGCACUCUAUGCAUAUGAUUCUGUUUGGUUAGCAGCACACGCUCUUGAUGCUUACUUGAAAGAAGGUGGAAACAUAUCUUUCUCUAAUGACCCAACAUUGCAUGACUCAAAUGGAAGCACACUGCGUUUAGCAUCCCUCCGAACUUUUGAUGGAGGUCAACAAUUUCUCCAGACAAUUCUAAGUAUGAACUUUACAGGCGUAAGCGGUCAGAUACAAUUUGAUCCGGACAAAAAUUUAGUUCAUCCAGCAUAUGAUGUUCUGAACAGGGGGACUGGGUUUCGUAAGAUUGGCUAUUGGUCAAAUUAUUCUCAUCUCUCAAUCAUUUCUCCAGAAAUCUUAUAUACUAUGCCUCCCAAUGCUUCAACUGCCAGUCAACAUAUGUACAGUGUAAUAUGGCCUGGUGAAACUACAGCUACACCCCGGGGAUGGGUUUUCCCAAACAAUGGUAAGCCACUGCGGAUAGGAGUGCCAAACCGAGUAAGUUACAAACAAUUUGUGGCCAAAGACAAUGGUCCUCCAGUCAGAGGUUUCUGUAUUGAUGUCUUUGAAGCUGCCAUAAACUUGUUGCCUUAUCCUGUACCACGCUCGUAUAUGCUAUAUGGAGAUGGAAAAAGAAAUCCUGUUUACAAUAAUCUUGUGGACGGGGUUGCAACAGAUAAAUUUGAUGCAGCUGUUGGGGACAUUACAAUUGUUACAAAUAGAACCAAAAUUGUGGAUUUCACACAGCCUUACAUAGAAUCAGGACUUGUUGUUGUUGCUCCAGUCAAAGAGAAGAAGUCAAGUCCUUGGGCUUUCCUCAAGCCAUUUAAUGCUCUAAUGUGGUGCGUCACUGGUGCCUUCUUUCUUUUGGUUGGAGCUGUUGUUUGGAUUCUCGAGCACCGCAUUAAUCAUGAGUUCCGUGGUCCACCAAGCCAACAACUUAUAACAAUUUUUUGGUUCAGUUUCUCAACAAUGUUUUUCUCACACCGAGAGAACACAGUGAGCACACUGGGUCGAAUGGUGCUGAUUAUAUGGUUAUUUGUAGUAUUAAUUAUAAAUUCAAGCUACACUGCUAGUUUGACAUCAAUCCUCACAGUGCAGCAGUUAACAUCACGGAUAGAAGGAAUCGACACCUUGAUGUCUAGUAGUGAACCAAUUGGAAUUCAAGAUGGGUCAUUUGCAUGGAAUUACUUGAUUGAUGAGCUCAACAUUGCAGAAUCUAGGCUUGUUAUAUUAAAAAACCUGGAAGAGUAUUCUAGCGCCCUUAGGAAGGGACCAAGAGGUGGAGGAGUAGCUGCCAUUGUUGAUGAACUUCCUUACAUUGAACUCUUCUUGUCCAACACCAAUUGCGAGUUCAGGACUGUGGGGCCAGAGUUCACAAAAAGCGGAUGGGGAUUUGCUUUCCAAAGGGACUCUCCUCUUGCGGUUGACUUAUCAACCGCUAUUCUUCAGCUCUCGGAGAAUGGUGAUCUCCAAAAGAUCCAUAAUAAAUGGCUUACACAUAAUGAGUGCUCUAUGCAGAUUAACCAAGUUGAUUCAACCCAACUGUCUCUGCAGAGCUUCUGGGGCCUGUUCCUUAUUAGCGGAGUUACAUGUUCCAUUGCUCUUAUUGUGUUCUCCUUUAGGGUCUUGUGUCAAUACCGCAGGUUCAGUCCCGAGGCUGAGGAAGGGGAUGCUGGGGAGAUUGAACCAGCAGAGCCUAGUCGUACAAUCCGAAAUCCAAGCUUUAAAAAACUGAUUGAUUUUGUAGAUAGGAAAGAAGAUGAGAUCAAGGAGAUUCUUAGGCGGAAGAGAAGUGAUAGCAAACGACGAGCUAGCCAUAGCUCAGAUGGGCAGCUCCAUUCACCCUCUUAAGGAAAAUUUCUGGUGAAUUUUCUAAUGUUUACCCCUGGGAUCAAUAGAUUUUUCUCUAUACUAGUAUAUUUACUUCCUAUUAUACAAAAGGACUAAAAGUUAGAUAGCUUCAUCUAUAGAAAUUCAAUAAAACAAUGAUUAGUUGGCCAGUUUGUAGCAUACUAUGAAGCUUGUAAUCUCUACCCAUUAUUCCUCUGAAGGAAUGGAGCUAUUCAUGACACGGAUAAUUCCUUACCAUGUAUGGUCUGAAUGGAGCGAAGUGUUCUAAUGAGAAACUUGUUUGCUGUUGAGCAUUCUA